GUGUGGGUGACAACCUGGAAUGCGAGUUUGGUGCGAGGGAGGGAGUGUUUAACUGAACACUUGCCAAAUCCCGGGUCCCCGCUUGCGGGUAGGUGUUGGCUUAAACUCCACCAAUAUAUAAACCCGGGAGACGGAGCCGGAGAGUCAGACACACAGCGCCAAGUGCAAGAUCACAGAGCGAUCAGGUGUUCGGGCACAGACAGACAGACAGACAUACAGCAAUAUUUUUACAGCGCAGGAUUUUUUGCAUCGCCAUCUCGCACAGAGCAAAACUAAAGAUGGACUGCAAACUGUGUGGAUUAUUCACUGUGACAAUUGUUCUCAUUUUAGUGGAGAAUGGUCGCGGCUUCAGCCUGGCGAGGUCUGGCGAGGCCGGGGAACAACAUAGGCUGCACAGGAGGGAGAAACGCUGUUCUUGCAGCAACAUGAGGGAUAAGGAAUGCAUCUACUUCUGCCACAAGGACAUCAUCUGGAUCAACACGCCAGGGAAAACCACACCUUAUGGUUUAGGAAGCCCAGCCACACGCCGCAAAAGAUCAGCUCCAAGGUGCAAAUGUGCAAGUUUCAAGGACGGAGUGUGCUUGCGAUAUUGCCAGUUGGGCGAAACGAGAGACAGCAGUGCCUUGCGGAAUAUUGGUCGAACAAGGCUACGACGCCAAAUCCCAGCUCAAUAUCGAAGGUUAAACUCAAGCGGAAAUCAACAUCAAGUAAUAGAGAGUGCACAUUUGGGUCAGAUUUUAAGACAAAUUGCAUUGUCAAAUGUUCAGUCUGCUGAAAGAAAGAACAUCUCAAAGAGACAAAAUUCAACACAGAAACAGCAAAACCAGGAAGGGAGAUGAGCUGCCAAGGCACAAGGCCACUCAUUCCAGAGAGGAAGAGCCAUCUUUGGCUUCUAUUCUUCUUCCCUUGAAGGCUCAUGAGGUGCAGAAGAACAAGAAGAUACAAGGAGGGUCGGAGUGAUCAGUCCCUGGGAUCAGUCCACAAAGUAUUAACCAGCAGGUGCGGAAUGCGUGCUUCCCUGUUGGACUGGAUCCUAAUUACAAGGGGAAAGAAGGGGAGAGUUUCACAUACAUUGUGGAAAGAGAUGGAGCCAAGUGUGCUGUUCACAAGCAUUGGAGAUUUAACAAGUCACUCACACCUAUCCAAUAUAUAUUUACAGCAGUGACAUUGGUAAGAGAGGGGAGAUAAGAAAGACUUUGAUUCCACAGUGUGACAAUGAUCAUCUUUUAUGCAGCUUCAGCAAACUGGAGGCAAAAUCAUUUCAGAUAGCAGGGACAUUGGAUGAUCGUCGGGUACCAGUACUGAAAGCAUAUACUCGCUCAAGUGACUGUGAUAUAAGAGCCUCAUAGUUACCCCAACUUUCAGUGUGAAAAUAUCACAGCACCCAAGCUGCUGUUUAAUACAACGCAGAAGAGUACUUUAUUUUCUUCUGGCCUGCAGCCUUGGCAAUCAUAGGUGCAAAGAGUAGAUGUUUUUAUGAGCUUUGGUCAAGCACAUGUUGGUGUCGAAACAUCAGAGGAACAAAUUCCUUGGCAACAAUCCCGGUUGUUCUCGUGCUAGCCGAUCCUAGCUAGAUGGCUCCGACUUGCAAUUUGGUGACUGCCCUUUCCUCCUCAACCUCCCUCCUUGAACAGGCACCUACGAGCCUGGUGUGCAGUGCAAGCAUUGAACACAGUAGCAG